CAGGACAUGAGAGCGGCAUGUGGGGAGGUAUAUAUAUAUAGCUACAAUACCUGAAAGCACGGGAGCCAUGGCUUCCGUUGUAUGCCAGUGCGUGUAGACCACCUUUUGGGGUUUACAUCUUGAGCGCGUCUCAUCUAUUAAGCACGCAGACACCUUGUCAACUCGGCUCACUGGUUAACCUCCUAACAGAAAUAUAAUAGUCAAGACACGGGAAACUGCAGUGUGUGAUUCUCACACAAUGGGGAGUUCACAGACUGUGAACGGCAUGAACGGCGUGAACGGCGUGAACGGCUCCCACAACAGAGAGGACGCCGCCGAUAGGUUCACAAUCAAGGACAACUUCGUCGAGAACCUACGACCAUUCAGGGUCAUUGUUGUUGGAGCUGGCUUCUCUGGUAUCUUGGCUGCCAUCAGGAUACCUGAGAGACUCAGAAAUGUUGAGUUGGUGGUGUAUGAGAAGAAUGAGGGCAUUGGCGGAGUCUGGUGGCUGAAUAAAUACCCAGGGGUUGCGUGUGAUAUUCCAUCACACUCGUAUCAAUACUCAUUCGCGCCGAAUCCAAACUGGAGCAAUCUCUAUGCCCCUGGCAGCGAAAUCCAGCAGUAUCUCCAAGACGUAGCCGAGAGGUACGGCGCAACGAGGUUCAUCAAAACGCGCCACAGGGUCGACCACGGCGAGUGGGAUGACAGUCGAAAGCAAUGGAAGAUCAAAGUGACCAACCUCUCCACUGGAGAGACGUUCGAGGAUGCAGCAAAUGUCCUGAUCACGGCGCGCGGGCAGCUCAAUGACAUUUCCUGGCCGAGAAUCCCCGGCCUCGACAAGUUCGAAGGAAAGUUGAUGCAUUCCGGGGAUUGGGACACCAGUUACGAUUUCCGCAACAAGAGAAUUGGCAUCAUCGGCAACGGCUCCAGCGCCAUCCAAAUCAUUCCCAGCCUGCAGAAGGUCGAGGGGGCCUCCCUCACGUGCUUCAUGCGGUCUCCGACCUGGAUAUCCUCCGCCUUCGGGGAUGCAGGCAUGGUCGAGUUGGGCCUUGAUCCUGCCAAUACAGCCUUCUCUGCUGAACAACGGCACAAGUUAUCCACCAACCCCGACGAACUCUUCAAGCUUCGCAAGGUCUUCGAAUCCGGCGGGAACCUCGUCCACGACAGCACCAUCCGCGGCAGCGCCAUGCAAGUAGAACACCAAUCCGCCUUCCACAAGGCGAUGCAGGCCAAGCUCGCCGCCCGCCCCGACCUCGUCGCUCUGCUCAUUCCCUCCUUCGCCCCGGGCUGCCGUCGCCUGACGCCUGGCAAGGGCUUCCUCGAAUCGCUUCUCGAGCCCAACGUCGCCGUCGUCAGCUCUUCCAUCAGCCAAAUCACGCCCACGGGCGUCGAGACGACGACGGCGGCGGCGGCCAACAACAGCACGGCCCUGCAGCACCACGAAGUAGACGUGCUGGUCUGCGCGACCGGCUACCACGUCUCCUCGCCGCCGCCCUUCCCCCUUCUCGGCCGCCACGGCCUGCCGCUCUCGGCCCGGUGGCGCGGCCGCGCGGAAUCGUACCUCUCGCUCGCCGUGGACGCCUUCCCCAACCUGCUCAUGAUGUUCGGCCCCAACAGCGCCAUCGGCUCCGGCUCGCUGACCAAGAUCCUCGAGGCCGAGGCCGACUACAUCAUCGCCGCCAUCCGCAAGCUGCAGAAGGAGGACUACGCGAGCAUGGAGCCCAAGCGGGCGCGCGUGCGCGACUUCAUGGAGUAUGUCGACGGCUACUUCCAGGGCACCGUGUACACGGACGAGUGCCGCAGCUGGUAUCGCGGCAAGGACGGCAGGAUUGUGGGCCUGUGGCCCGGGUCGACGUUGCACGCGCUCGAGGCGCUGCGGAGCCCGCGGUGGGAGGACUGGGAGUACGAGCGGGUGGAGGAGGACAGGGCGGCGGGAGGGUGGAAUGCGUUGAGGUGGUUGGGCAACGGGUCGAGCGUGACGCAGAUCAGCGGUGACCCGUCGUGGUAUAUCAAUCCCGACCAGGUCGAGGUGCCGUUGGAGGGGCGCCCGGAGGAGAACACCCGAUACAAGGCCCGGCCGUGGUCUCAUUGAGCGGCCGGUUUCGAAUCGUGGGCUGUCCUUGGCAGGCGCUGUUUCCCUUCAUAUCUGGGUGCCUAGGUAGCGGUUUUCAGAAUAAGUACCUUAGGUACUAGCCAACUUCAGGGGUACUAGUAGCGUACAUACCGAGCUGAAGCUGAAUACCAAGCAGUG